AUGGUACACGGCGGAGGAUCCUGUUCCGGUGGCGGUUUUAGUGGUGGAGGAUACAGUGGAGGUACAUUUAUGUCUACAAACAAUUACUAUGGUGGUAGCAGCAAUGCAAACUCAGAGGAGUGCGCUAAGUGCAUGACAGGUGUAUUUCGUUGUCUCGGCGUGUGUAUCUGCUGUAAAGGUCAAGACCAUUUCCACACCAUAAUGAUCUUCUGGGGAUGGGUUAUAGUAUUAUUCUUGAUAACAGGAUUGUCGGUGGGUCUUGGAAGGUUCGGAUCUACAGAUAUUCCCGUCAGUCCCUCAGAUAUGGUCAUAAUGAAACGAGGGAUCGAUCCGGUUUUAUGCGAGGGAGUGAGCGUGCGAACCACCCUCCCUGUCAAUACAUAUCUUCUUCCAUCAGCUCCAAACAUUGCUUCAGAGCGUGUGACAUAUUCUUUUAAUAAGACAACAUUUGUCGACGAGGACAAGUAUGAGUACUGGGGUUUCUACCUUAUCGCUGGCUCAGAUAUCGAAAUAAUCACAUGUACAAGGUACUAUGGCACCAUGUAUAUCAUCAAAGGGGAUCGUCAGUUUGGUCACUGGAAGGAAGACAAUGACGAUUCAAGAAAUAGCAAGACGAAAAAGACUAUAGGGGGCUGUAAUUAUCCGAGUUACCUCAAUACAAGGGUUUCUUAUCACAUCAGCAGCACGGAUGAGUACUAUUUUGUGUUUGCCAAUCAUGACUAUUUCAUGUUAGAUAUUGAUAUCUCGUUCAGGCUGAACCGCACGGUGUAUGACUUGGGUGAACGUCAGAAUAUUGUUUGCAGCAACUCCACAGCAUGUGACGUAACAUUUUUGGGAACCGAUUCCUCGGAAUCCAUUGUGGUAUAUGUACCGCCUUCAGACGAGUUUGAUUUUGACGUCACUACAAAAUGUUUGACCCGAGACUAUCUUUUUGUUGUGAUAUUUCUGCUGAUACCUGUCAUGAUAGGUAGUUUGUUCACUAUCUGUAUGUUACACAGAAAACGGAGAGCUGACCGCAUCUCUAUUAGAUCAGCUCAUGACGGUCAACGCCGGACUUUUACCAGAAAUUCUCUCCCUCCUCAAUACCAGACAAUGCGUGAAGAGUCGGAACCGAAUCAGAAACUAACUGCUCCCUACUAUGGUUGUCAGAACGACGGAAUGACUGUCAAACCACCUUCCUAUGGUUGUCAGGACGAUGGAUUGGCCGUGAAACCUCCCACCUAUGAAGAAGCGGUCGCACGAAGUGAUAGAGUUUGA